CAGACACUAUUGGCUAACUUUGCAAAUAAAGAUGCCCUCAGAGAGAGGGAAAGGGAAAUAUUGGCCCCUGGCAGAGUCUACAUAGGACAGGGUAGCUGACUGGCACAUCCUGAGGUUCUCUUUCCCAGUGGGUCAAGGUCCUCACCAUGCCCACCUCCUUCCCUAAAUCAACUGAGGAAUUUGAGUAUGACGCAUCUGCUGAAGCCUGUUACGUGGGGGACAUCGUGGACUUUGGGACCGUGUUCCUGUCCAUAUUCUAUUCUGUUGUCUUUGCCUUUGGCCUGGUGGGCAAUCUGCUGGUGGUGAUGGCCCUCAACAACAGCCGGAAGCGCAAGAGCAUCACCGACAUCUACCUGCUGAACCUGGCCUUGAGCGAUCUGCUCUUCGUAGCCACUUUGCCCUUUUGGACUCACUAUGUGGUCAGCGAACAAGGCUUCCACAACGCCGUGUGCAAACUCACCACCGCCCUCUUCUUCAUCGGCUUCUUCGGAGGCAUAUUUUUUAUCACCGUGAUCAGCAUCGACAGGUACCUGGCCAUUGUUCUGGCCGCCAACUCCAUGAACAACCGGACUGUGCAACACGGCGUCACCAUCAGCCUGGGCGUCUGGGCGGCGGCCAUCCUCGUUGCAGCACCCCAGUUCAUGUUCACAAAGCAAAAAGAAAACGAGUGCCUGGGUGACUACCCCGAGGUCCUCCAGGAAAUCUGGCCAGUGCUCCGCAACGUGGAAGUGAACUUUCUUGGCUUCCUGCUGCCCCUGCUCAUCAUGAGCUUCUGCUACUUCAGAAUCCUCCAGACCCUGUUUUCCUGCAAGAACCAAAAGAAAGCUAAAGCCAUCAAGCUCAUCUUACUGGUGGUCAUCGUGUUUUUCCUCUUCUGGACACCCUACAACAUUAUGAUUUUCCUAGAGACUCUCAAACUCUAUGACUUCUUUCCCAGCUGCAACAUGAAGAGGAAUCUGAAGUUGGCCCUCAACGUGACUGAGACGGUGGCGUUUAGCCACUGUUGCCUCAAUCCCCUCAUCUAUGCAUUCGCUGGGGAGAAGUUCAGAAGAUACCUCUGCUACCUGUACAGGAAGUACCUGGCUGUCCUCUGUGGUCGUUCGGUCCACGACAGUUUCUCCCCAUCCGAAUCGCAAAGAAGUAGGCAGGGGAGCAUUCUGAGCAGCAGUUUUACUCACUACACAAGUGAUGGGGAUGCGUCCCUCCUUCUCUGAAGGGAUCCACAAAGCCUUCUCUCCGCAGAGAACCCAGAGUUCCUGAAUCGGACACUCAGUAAUGAGAACAGAUUUUUGUUGUUGUUGUUGUUGUUGUUUCAUACAUGCAAAAGAAAAUUCGGACCCAAUACUAACAAAACCAGCCUACAGUGUAUUCAAGAAAUGUGCUCAAAAUUUGAAUGCCAGGAUGUUUUUUGCUUACAAAUGGAAAAAUUGCAAUCCAGACUAACUUGGUUGAAAAGAGAUCUGUGAGUGUUGUUCUCAUUGUGGCACUGACAGGGGGCGACUGAGCCCUCAGGGUGAGUGGAAAACAGGACUUGAAUCUAGCUAGAAUUUGCUCUCUCUGACUCUCAAGACUUUUAGCAGUGAUAGAUCUCCAAAGCUCACGUAACACAGAUUUAUCACCAGAAAGGGUAUAGGAUCCAUUCCUCUCUGGUCCCCAGGUCAAAAUAUCCCAGAGAGGUCUUCUGAUUGGCCAAGUUUGUAUCAGGUGGGGACCAGAUGGUGGCAUCCACAAGAAAGGGAUAACCUUGAUCCAUGGUUAGAGGUUGAGGUUAGAUGUUUCCAACAAGUUAGAGGAGUCCCUACUGCUCUGAUCAGACAGAGCAAGAGCCACAAAACUUCCCCUGUACCUGAGCUAGCUCCUCCUUGUCACACCAACCAGCACACACCUCUUCAUUAAACUUCCUUUGAUCAUGUCCUCAAACCUACAAGGGCUCUCCACUGCCCACUGCAUCAAGUCCAAACUCCAAUGCCUGACCUCAGACCCUCCACCAUGCAGUUCAACCGACAGACUCCCCGCUACUUACCUUUCCAAAGGACCCCAUCCACCCUGGCAGUCAUCUCCUAUGUCAGCCAUAUCCAGCCCUGUGUCUGCAAUAAGACCUCACACAUCCCCCUCCACUUGCUCCCAGGCCCAUGGGGAGAAACAAAAAGAACCUUGCCCCAAAGUGAAGGCAUGAAUUCCAAUCCCAGCUCUGUCAUUUGCCAACUUGGUAACCUGGGGCCAACUGAAAUUCAGUUCCUGCAACUAUAGAAGGGGGCUGAUGGUAUCUUUUGUAUAAGGAGCAUUCUCUCUAUCAUGAGGAACAGCCACCAACUCUUGCAAGCCCCCAUCAUCUCUCCUGUUUCCCAGACUUCAGGUGUACCCUGGCACACCUGGCAAUGAGGAGGUUGCAUCAUGCCCAAGUAGGACAUAGCCCCAACAGAGAGGAGGCUGAUUUCUUCUGCAGCCCUCAAUAAACAGCUAGAUCUGAAGGUGGACAGCCUCCUGACCCAAGCCUCCUAAUCCCUUUGCCACAAGCUCCUGCCCAAGUCAAUCUCCUUCACUCUUGCCACGGCCAACCUGGAGAGCCAAGCCAUGAGAGCAGUUUUCUUCUUUCAGUAAACAUUUGAGACGGUCUAAAAAUUUAAAGUAAUAAUGCUAAAGAAAACAUCAUCUGUGCUCUAACCACACGAGUCUUUUCAUUCCUGGUUUGCCCAUCAGACCUCGUUCACAUUCUCAUCUGUUUAGAGUUGCAAUCAUAAAGCACAGUUAUGUAACCUGCUUUCUACAAUAUUAGAUCCCCAAUAGCUCUGUAUCUGUGUAGUUUUAUAACAGUCCUUUUAGAAGACUCUAGCAGAUUGCAUGCUCAUUGAGGCAGACGUACUGAUUCAUUGCUGUGUGCCUGGUCUCUCCUUGGCUGUCUGUAUAUGUGUUUGACAAAUGAGAGAAUGAGUCAUGUUCCUUCAGGAUCAUCUGCCAUCAUUAACUCACCAUUACUCUGUUGAUAAACAUUUCACUCCUUUCCAAUAUGCAGCAAAUAUAUGUUUUACAUCAUUUUCA